UUCUCUUAUAUGCUUUUUGCUUCAGAGCUCAGGUGCUGUGCCAGGAGGCAGCUGCACUGGAAGCUGAGUCUACCAGAUGUAGCAACUGCUUCUAUCUGACUUCCCACCUGGGUUGGAGUGAGAGCAUAAACACUGCACUGGAAGGACUUUCGCAGAUGCUGAUCACGGUGAAAUGUAACCCCCAUGCCAUGUCUGUGCAAGCAGUUCCUGCCAUCCUCCCACUGCUGCCUGUUCUUCUGGACCUCAGAUUUUAUAGCCCCAUUUCAGCAACAAGACUGACAAGAUAGCCCGUGACAGAGGUGAUAUCAGCCCAAACACCUUUGCCUGAAGUCAGUUGGGGAUUGCUCACAUGUUUCACCAACAGCCUCCUACAGACAGACCGACAGACAGAUGACCAGCCUGGGACUGCCAAUGUUUUCAACCAUCUAACAAAAGAGCAUGGCUGUCUAAUUCACUAGGAAAACCAGCAAGUGAUCUCUGCCCAUCAUCAGUAUUCUUAAUCUCUGGACCUGACCCUCCGGUCAAAAUAUUCUGCUGGCUUUCUGAGGCUCUUGGGUUCUGGAUUCUUUGAAGGGGGGAAUUGUGUGGCUGUUCUCUGUAAGUAAUCCAAGACUUCCAGGUGAGUGCCUGAGCUGAGGGAUCCAGAACUUCCCGAUGGGUGGUGUGCGGAAGUCAUAGAAAAUGUGUUGUAUGCUUUCUACUUUAUAUCCAGUGUUAUGGGUAAGGCACCACUUUGGGUUUUCUAAAGAUGACAGGGUGCUCAACUGAUACUGUGAAUUUACUGUAGGGAAGGUACAUCAAUCUGCAGCUCAUGUCUUUCAAAGUCCUAGCAGUGCCUGAAGACUUUGUAAAGUGUGAAUGAAUUUCAGACCUUGAUGUCCCAGUCCUCCACCUCAGAAACAGGGUGUAAUAUGGGGGGAAGAGAGGAAUAGAAUUAAAACCUCAUCAAAUGAAAUCUGUGUUCUUAUAAGGAAAUACCAUUCUUCACUAUAGUAAAGGAUGUUUCCAGUUAAUCAUGAGAAAUGUAAUCUGUCCAGGAAGCUUCAUAGGAGACAAAGGGGAACAACAGCUUCUAGAUCACAAGGCUCCUGAAGACAUAGUUAGAAUUCAUUAUGUAGGAAACUUUUAUGUUCAUGAUAAAGGGAAUUGUCAUGUUUCAGUGUUUUUCAUGAAAAAAUAAUUUUUCAAUUGAGCUUUCAGAUUUUGCAGAACUUCUGUUUGUCAUGAAAAGCUGUUUUAACAAAAUUCCUCCUUCAUAUGUGUGCAUAGGCUUCAGCUAUGUCUGAUCAAGGGGGAAGAAGCAUUUCCUGUGAGGACCCACAGCACAGGCUGGGGUGCUGCUGGUGUGGAGAGGGACCACAUUCUGGACCAGGUGCCCAGGUUGCCUUCAGGUGGAGGCUGCAGGGAGUUGAGGUGUUCCCAGUUUUCAGCUGGCUAAAGAUUUAGACAGGGUCAGCAUGUGCUUUCAGACCUGCUCACUGGAAAGUGUCCCACAGCUUAAUCAGCAGGAAAGCAUCACUUGGUGACUUGGCCAUGACCUUCAAACUUGGUAGGCAAAUUACUUUUGCAAACCACCAAUAGCAGAAGAUUUUCUAAAGAAGGUACAUUGACAAGAGAUGGCCAAGAAGAUUAAUUUACAUGACAAUAAAAACAUUUAGAAACAGAUAUUUCAGUGCUCCAGAAUUUUUACCUUCCCAUAGAACUAAAUAUGUUUGGGUUUGGUUUUCUUUCUAUAAAAAAUAACUAUUUUUCUGCACUAAUUUUAUUUUCUAUCUUCAAAAUUGAAAGGCAGAAUUGUUAGUCAGGUGAAUUUCAGAGGGCCAGUACCAGAAGAAGUUGUAGGUUUUUUCAAAAAUGGUUUUAGUUAUUUAGUUUUUCAAGCACAUAGAAGCAAAGUACUUCUAUGCAUUCCUGUGGGGAAGAAAGAAUUAACUAGAAGAUUCCUCUAUGAUACCCCUGAAACUUGGCUUGGGGGCAUAGAGUUUGGCAAGCUUUUGAGGAAUUGUGUGAAAAGUCCAAAAUAUACUUUAAAUCAUGUGGAAAUUCUUUACAUGGAAAUCAUGCUUUAGUAAAGAAAAGGGAAAGAGCAUGAAUGAUGAAAUAUUUGCUUUAUAGGUGAGAAGAUGUACUGAUCAAUGUAAAGAAAACACUAUUUUGUGACAUAUGAUCCAUUUUUCAUGGGGAUUUCAAGCACCAGCAACUGGGGCUUUUUUAAGGUGAUUGAGUUAUACUCGUAUUGAGGGAUAGGAAACAUCAUAAUGAGGAUACAUGAUGUGGUCUGUACUUCUUACGUCCUUGACAACAGUUAGUCUGUAUUUAUAAAAAGAAGACUAUACUAGAAAAUUAAAAACUGGGUUCAAGGCCUUGAUUAUAAGAAAGUAAAGAUUAAAGGGACAGUACCUUUGAUUACAGUGCUGUACCUCUGUAAAUUAAUAACUGUCUGAUGCUUUGUUAGGCACAAAAAAAGAUGGAGUCAUUUUCAUAAUGUUUUGUUCACUAAAAGCUAACAAUAUGAUUUAUUCUCAUAGAUAAUUAAUUUCUAAAAAUUCUUCUUUCUUUGUGGCAAUUUUGCAAUGGCAAAAGUAUGCUAGUAAAAUAUUUUUUUUCCUUUGUUAUCUUCUGCAAGCAGGAUUCCUAUUCCUGAGCCCUAGAUUCACUUACACAUGACAUUAAAACUCCAAAGAAGGACUGCAGGAAACAACAAUUGUCUGAAGGCAGAAAAAGUCAGCUUAGUUAUGAGACUGAGAAGAGAAGCCAAAAUGAAGAGCAUCUGUUUGAAUGCAGCCAAACACACACUGCAGCAAACCCAGGAGCACAGGCUGAAGCUGCAGAUACAGUCCCAGCAGCAUAAACUGUGGAACAAGCCUCUGAUUCUUUCCUCCGCCUUCUAGGUCUGGGCUGUGUUAUUACCCCACAAGCAGGGAUAAUCCUGGAAAAAUUGAAAUGAUUGAGGCAUGAUGGACACCUUGCUGUGUUUACCUGGAGAUUUUUACUAGGCCAUUUCUGAUGGUGACCUGAACUAGAAUGAAGUGGACAUGAACAAAAAGGAAGAUCUUACUCAGCAGAUCUCUUCUUCUGGAAAAUCAGAAAUUGGAGAGAGUGCAGAUUAUUCCUUUGUGGAAAAGAACACAUCUGAAAGUGACAAUGAUGAAGUUGAUGGCAACAAUAUAUGUGGUUUCAGAAAGAAAAAGGGAAACAAAGGUCCUACAAAGUAUAUUCCUCCUUUAGAAAAUGAGAAGAUGGAACUGUCCUGCACCUCAAAAGUCCCAGAUCCUUGUCCCCUUAAAGGAACCACUGGUUGCUCAGAACUGCCAUCAGACCAGUCUCUCCAAAACCCCACUACCUUUCCUCCAGUACAAAAGGACAGAGGAGGUCACAACAAUUCCAAUUCUGGCAGUGAUGGUAAAGAAGACAGGUUUGGAGAAACACGAGAAACCCAGGAAAAUGCUGAAAUUGGGAAAAGAAUAGUGGGAAAAAUGAACGAGGAAAUAGAUACAGCAGCUCAGAUGAAGUUGUCCGCAGGUGUGCAGCCUGCGAGGCGUGCAGAGAAAGGUGGCUGCACAGAGGCUGUACAGAGGGCAAAGGACAGUGAGCAGAGAGGGGGUAAGCCAGAAGGACAGGCUGGGAUGGAAGAAAAAGUUGUCAAGUUUCAUGUGACAAAGAUGGGCUCCCUGGGCAGUGCUGCAUCCAUGCCAGGGAGCCAUACUGCCGAGUCCCUCACAGGAGCACCUGGCAUUUCUAAACGAAGUCUACAAGAGUUGAAAAACCUGCUUAGUGAAGGUCAUCUGCCUUCUCAUGGGCCCAUUUUCUGUGGCAAGGCAGGUGGCACUUUUGCUCAGAAAAAUUUGAAACCCCGGGAGAAAGCAGCUGAUAAACAGGGCGGGCCCUUUGAGACUUUUACUCCCCAUUUUGGAGAGGAAAAGCAAAAGUAUCUCAGCUUCCACAAAGAGGGAGUGGGGCAGCAGAGCAAAACCGUCCUGGUCCUCAGCUCUGCUGGCUCUGAUCAGCAGCAACCAGUGGGAAGCAAUGUGGAUCAACUUAUUCUGGGACUACCAGCAGCUCCUACACCUGCAGAAAGCACAGCUCCUGAGGUUCAGUUUGACUCCUCCACAGGCCACGCCGCAUUCAACAGAGACCCUGAUGUAAACGGCCUUGGAAACCCAACUCUCCUUCACCUAUUCUCUCAUAUUGAAUUUAUUAAGCAGCAGAUGGCCAGGGACAACGUGCAGUUUGUCAGAUUUGAAUCAAUAGACCUCCAUGGUGUGUCAAGAUCAAAGAAUGUUCCUUCUCGAUUUUUUCACGAGAAAGCAAUUCAUGGUGUUGCCAUGCCCAGAAGUUACCUUGAACUGACGCUGAAUCCUAAAGAUAAUGAACUAGAUUACAUAAAUGCAACCAAUUUCAAUUGUGACAUAAUCCUGAACCCUGAUUUAUCAACAUUUCGAAUACUACCCUGGACUGAGCAGACUGCGAGAGUGAUAUGUGAUUCCUUCACUGUGUUGGGCACCCCACUAAUGACCUCCCCAAGGCACAUUGCCAAGAAACAGCUGAGCCAGCUUCAGGACAAUGGCUUUUCUUUGCAGUCUGCAUUCACUUAUGAAUUUUGUAUUUAUGGCAUUACUGAGGUUGUAAACUCAAAGACAAUAUCCUUUCCUGCAGCCACGAUACUAAAUAACCAUGAUCAGACUUUCAUUCAGGAGCUCAUUGAAGGAAUGUAUUAUGCUGGUGCCAACAUUGAAAGCUUUUCUUCUUCCAGUGGGCCUGGGCAAAUGGAGAUCACUUUUCAUCCAGCGUUUGGCCUAGAUGCUGCUGACAGUGCCUUCACGUUUAGAACAGGCCUUAAAGAAGUGGCUAAGAAGUAUAACUAUGUGGCUAGCUUUUUCUCAGAAUCAGGAUUCUACAAUUCAGGGGCUCUAUCACACAGCCUGUGGGAUCUGAAUGGCCAGAAGAAUCUGUUUUCUGCUGGUUAUGGAGUUGAGGAGCUCUCAGAGCUUGGAAAAAAUUGGUUAUCAGGUCUCUUGGCACACACGGCAGCUAUCAGCUGCUUGAUGGCUCCUACCACCAGCUGCCGUAAGCCUUACUCUAAAUACAGUAAAGAAUCAAAAGAGACUGUAAAUGCAAAAUGGGCAUAUAAUGAUAACAGCUGUGCCUUUAAUGUCAAAUGUCAUGGUGGAAAAGGCACUUACAUAGAGAAUAAAUUAAGUUCUGCUGCAGCAAACCCGUACCUGGUCCUUGCUGCUACUAUUGCUGCAGGUCUAGAUGGAGUAAAGAGAGGACUUAGCUAUGAUGACAUGCUCGAAGAAGAAAAUCACACUGGUGAUCUGAAACAUUCAUCAAUCCCUCUGAAACUAGAAGAUGCUCUGGUUGCUCUUGAGAAAGAUUCUUGCAUUAAGGAAGCAUUAGGCGAAACUUUUAUCCGAUACUUUAUUGCUAUGAAACAUUAUGAGUUAGAAACUGAAGAAAUGGAUAGUGAAAGGAAUAAAUGCCUGGGAUAUUUUAUUUAGAAGGAGCACUCUUCUGUAGUGGUGCUGUGUAAAUGCAUACAGUGAAUGGUUAAGAUUCUUGAAAUUAGUACAUAUAUUUAAAAAUGUUUUAGUGCUUUGGGAUUUUCCCCCCCUCCUUUGUAUAGUACAUGGUAAUUACACUUUAUUGUCCAUGUACAUUCAUGGCCUUCAGUAAAAAGCUGAUAUAUUCAUGAAAUAAUAUUAACACGGUUUUAAAAAACAGGUGGAGUUUUUUUGGGCAGACCUGCUGGUGAAAAGAAGAAAAGAGAAGGUGAAAUGAAGAGCAACUACACAGCUGUCAUAGGACUAUAACAUGCAGAAAAGUGGGAGUAGUGGGGACAGUGAUGAGGGGUGGGGUUUAGAACUGAGGAAGGCAGGGAAUUUCUUGU